UACAUUUCGCAUAUCGAAAUAGCGCCCCCGCGCAAUGUUUCAAUUGUGUGAGAAGUAAACGUUUCGUUUAUUUAUUACUUUACGGUUACUGAUAAAUUAGAAAUAAUAUUAUAAACGAUUAGGAAUUUAGGUAUACAAUGGGUGAUGAAAGUGAGCAGGUGCCAGCAAUAAAUGUUAAGGAACCAUUGGAUCUUAUAAGAUUAAGUCUCGAUGAAAGAAUAUAUGUUAAAAUGAGAAAUGAACGGGAAUUACGAGGCAGAUUACAUGCUUAUGAUCAGCACUUAAAUAUGGUAUUAGGGGAAGCCGAAGAGACUGUAACUACAGUAGAAAUAGAUGAAGAAACAUAUGAAGAAGUAUACCGUACUACCAAGAGAAAUAUUUCUAUGCUCUUUGUUCGUGGUGAUGGAGUGAUUUUGGUCUCUCCACCUAGUAUGAGAGCACCAAUAUAAGAUCUAUGUUUAUGUACAAUGGAUUUCAAUGAAUUUAAAAAGUCUGAGGAAAAAAGGUAGAAUUGAGUUCUACCUAUCUAAUCAGCUACAAGCUUUAAAACAUUUAUGAGUACAUGAAUUUCAUUGAUAUAUCAUAUUAAGUUAAAUACACUAAUGAAAAGUUUUGGGAUA